AUGUCAUUGGUUACAUCGCUGGAAAAGUUCUCAAGAGUGUUGUCAGUUUUGAAUCAGAAGUUGCCAAGCAUGAAAACAGCACCUGCUGCAAUGUCUUUCCCCAAUUUAAUGUCUCUCUCUCUUUCCAGAGGUGGCCUUUCUCUUGUGGAUUAUUCAAUAUUUAAUUUCUUCUGCUAUGUCGAAGUUUCAAUCCGACCUUUUUUAAACUUAGCCAGAUUUCGUUGCAGCACUCGACGCUCUCACACUGAACUUCUAGACCAGUUGAUACACAAUUCGCCUUUACUAAAUCAAACCUGGGCAUUUACAACAAUACUUUCAUCUCAGGACAACAAUGUGCUCCUU